AACCAUGUCAACGGCGAAGAGGCGUACUGCGCAUGCGCCAGUCUUCAGCGGCAGACGAUAAGGAUGCUGCCUGAAUUAGACAGAGCUGCUGUGGAGGCAGUUAACAUUUGUUCCAGUUGAAUCUGUAGCACCGAGUCAAUGAAUGGAUAACGAAAAGCUCUGGAAUCUGUGAAAAUGUGACGGGCUAAAUGCUUGGAAUAUUUACAAGAGCGUUAUGAGUGAGAGGAUGAUCAGACGUAUCCGUCAUGGUGACUUCUGUUCCUUUGCGUGUUACGGCGGGAAUCUUCAUUGUGAUGCUGCUUAUUGCAGGAGGUGAAGGCAUUGGGUGUUUUGCGUGUACAUCUAUAAACCACAGCAAUGUUGACUGUGAGGAUACCUUUAAUAACACCGGAAAGUACUAUAUUGAGAAUUGCUGGGCAUCCAGGAAGGGCAGGAUAGGCCAGUUCCCCGGCACACAGUGCAUCAAGAUGAUCGCAGAGGACUAUAGUAACGGCAAUACCGUCAUCGUCCGUAACUGUGUCGUCGACGACGGGGGCACAAACUCCGAGACAGAGAUCGGUCGACAAAGUCACUGUGGUUGGAUGAGAGUGCUAAAAUAUAACGGCAAGGAAAUGCGUGGAUGCAUACUCAGCUGCGAUUCGGACGCUUGUAACAGUGCUGUGAUGUCAUCGAUGACGUCGCACUGGAUGACGUCACUAUUCGUCUUGUGGAUUUUGUAUCAUUGGAACUCAAUCUCAGGGAUAAUCGUAGGAGUGGAAAGUUGAGUUUUGUGAGACAUCGCAUCUGUGUACAGAAGAACUUACAACAGUUUCUGAGGAUUCUGUUUGAGAAGGGAAAACAAUGGCAGUGAGUCUGCAACCAGAGAUGAAUGACGUUCCUCUUAUUGACGUGGUAGUCCAACAGUGCAAAUGACAUUUAUAUAUGUUUUAUAUACACGGAUGAAGGGAACCAAUCUUCUAGAAAACCAGCCUGUAUGUAUUCCAUAUUGUAGCGUGUGAAUCAUGUACACACUUACAUGUCAAAGCCUAUAUCCGUAUGUCAUACACUGGGUUCAAAAUUCCCUUGAUAAUGGUUCCAAAUCGUGAAUGGUUUCAUCAAUAUUUAUAAUGUGUAAAAGUGUAAGAGAGACUAUGCUACUUGAGCUGUUGUCCAUCUGUUGUCCAGGCCUACUAAAGUCAUCUUUGUGAGAAGGACAAUCCUGGACCGCGAGACAAAUUAAGUGAGUUUUGACUUUCUUGGACUGUUAUUUGGCCUCAGCCGUCCCCAGUUAAGAUCACCAACGCAAUCACAGAGGUUGCUAUGGUAACCUGAAUAACUAUGUACAUUACUGUACAAAUAGCCAUGUAUUUGCAGUUGUUAUCGUUGUUUCCCCAGUGGAUUUCGCUGGUUUAGAUGACAUGUUUAAUUAGCUACUGAUCACUAUACCUUAUUCUGUUAUAUUCAUGAAAGUUAUUUGUUUAUGUUAUCCUUCUCCCUUUGCACAAUGUAUGUUGUUAUCUCGUGUUGUUUUCCUGGAAGAAUAUUACAAUAAUAAGCAUCAUGUUUCAGCACCUGGAAUAAACAGCAGCUCUACGAGGUUCCUACUGAGAAAGAAAACAUGUUUAUCACUGCACUAAACAAGUUUGAAAUUGUGGGUUACGACAAAAGUAUAUAUGGUUACGUUCUUGUUCGUCUACCUUAUGACUGAGGGCAAUUGGUUGUUGGCAGCAAUGACAUCCAGACCACACAGAUCUGAGAAAUGGUUAUUUGUUUGAUAUCGGAAUAGAUGGUACUGGAAGCACGAUUGACAUGAUUUGGUAAGGCUAGUGAUGUAAUGUAUUGAUUCAAUGAAUGGCAGGGGCGGUCGGAUAGCCUAGUGGUUAAAGCGUUCUCUCGUCACGCCGAAGACCCGGGUUCGAUUCCCGACAUGGGUACAAUGUGUGAAGCUCAUUUCUGGUGUCCCCCGCCGUGAUAUUGCCGGAAUAUUGCUAAAAGUUGCGUAAAACCAUACACACUCACUCACUCAAUGAAUGGCAUAUCAUACAAGUACACGGGGAAGCUUACAAGUGAGAGAAACUGCCCACUUCGUGGUGUUAACAUAAAAGCUUUAAAUGUGGACUUGCCUUUGAAAUUAUAUUUUCCGUGGUACGUAACGUUGUCUGAUAAUUGGUGUAUGACUAGACAUGAUUUAUCAUCAUAAUUAUCAAGGCAUUUCUUUUUCAUAUAACAUCGCUCUAUACUCAGACAGGAUUGUACGUAACCAUUUUUUCUGUCACCAAGAGCCUUUUUGGUCAAUAAUUAUCAAGUCCAUACACCUUUGUCUCACAAGAUAUAUCGUCCACAUCCCCCAAGAGGUAUUAACAUUUUGUAUGACCACCUGUCCUUUUUCACACAGUGAGUUUGUUUUACUCUUUCCAACACCCCUUGGUCCUGUUCUUCAUCAUAUCGUUCACUGGAUCUGCAGUAUAAAACAUACCAUCUCAUCCUUGUUAAUUCAUUAGGGGGGCACGGGGGGCCCACUCGUCAAAGGCACCGCAAUUCGCUGUUGAGAGUUGCGUCCCUUGGACACUUCAGAAUCCUAUAAUGGUUUCGAAUCAUGGUUCACCCCGAUUAUGAUUCUAGGUUUGUCAGCACCAUACAUGUGCUCGUGGUUUCUCCGAAGUGGUAAACGUCUGAGACUUGCAUCACUGAGACCUGCAUCACUUAAACCUAAAACGACGUGAUAAAACUGGAAUACUCUUUAAAGCGGCGUUAAAUUCAUCAGGCGUAAGGGUUGUUUGUUGGUCGUUUACAAGUAUGUGUUAGGUUGUUCCUCAGCAUGUACAGUUAUAGCCUCGGUAUACCGGACCCUGUUACUUCGAAAAAACCUUUCGGGCGAUUAAUUCUAUUCGAUAUCUACAUAUAUCUACACGGAGGGGAUUCCGUCCGGAUUAACGAGGGUAAACAGUCCAACCCACAACUGGAACCGUUACAUGUAAGAACAUGUCCCCUAAACCGAUUUUCCAACCUGUUCAGUUUCCCCUAUCGAUUACCAUGGUAACAAAUUGGUUUGAGAUACUAUGCCAUCAAUUGUCCAUACUUGAACAAAACCGUCUAUAUUGAAACCAGCCACUUGUCUAUUCCUACUAGGUAAUAUACACUAGUUCCAGGCAACUGUAGUUUGUUUAAAAAGAAAUCUAGUAUAACCAUCCAUAUUGUUGGAAGUGAAUACGUAGCAUGACCUUGUUAAUCCGGGCGACAUAAUUACCAGUGACACAUGUAUAACUACGAUUUGUUUCCACAUGUGAAACAUGAAGUAUCACCAGAUUAACUAUUACCAGUAACUAUUACCUAGUACCCCAACGCUUCUGUCAGGGAGAAUGAGUGUCCGCAUUAUCGUCGUCCGGAGUAACAAGGUUAAAUGUACCAGCAUGCCACGUUUUCUAAUGUAUCUCUAUUCCAAAUGCAUGUUCAUUAGCUUGAGGUAUUUUUCUAAUAGAAUUAUUGAUAUAUGAGACGUAUGUUUGUUUGUAAUUCUUAUCUCAUCUGUUUUCUGAAAAUUGUGUCGUACUGAUGCAUUACUGUUUGUUGUAUAUUCAGAAAAAUAUAUUCUGUACCAGUUGUAAUUUCUUCACAAUAUAUACAAUAAAGUUCUUUUUAUCUUA